CUCAGCGGAAACAAACCCGUUAGCAUCAAGAUCUCGUUGAAAUGGCAAGCUCCAACAACGACGGGCGCACCAUAGAACACUACCUCAGCACCGACUUGGAACGGCUGCGUUUGACUGAUCGUGCCACGUCGGAGGGCCUUCAAGCUAGGGACAACGCCGAGGCACACGUCGAGCUGUGUGGCCACGUCAACGACGAGCCGUCGACUUCCGAAGCCCGUGGCCACCGUGACAUCUUUCGGCCGAUCGGCCAGCACUACACCUUGCCCCCCUGCCCACCGUCGUCGCCGCAGCUCUGCCGUAGGCACAGAGCGCGGCUGCUUGCGUCGCAAAAUGAGGUUCCAGCCGUUCGAGGAACGCCCCCGCUUGAUUCGGAAUCUGUGACCCAGCGGUCCUUCUGGAUGCCGCCGAAAAUCAGGCAGGCUCUCCAGGACAUCCUGGACACGCAAGAGCUGGAGGAAGAUCCUUCAGCUCUUACAGCCGCAGUGCGCAGGUAA